ACUGCGCACGCGCAGCAGCAUGCGGUAGUAGUAAAGCAGGAAGACGAUAUCGAUAAAUCAUUUAGGAAAUCAUCUUAAUCAAUCAUUUAUACAUUCUUCCAUUCUUUUUUUUUUUUACCGCUUGUCCCUGAAAUAUAGAAAUAUCGGACCGGAAGAAGAUGGGUCUCCGUGAUGCUGCCGUGGGUGAGUCCACACCUGACCGGCUUUCUUGGCUCCUCUGAAGCCGCUUCCGGAGUGCGGAGCUCGGCUUGCCUGCCCGCGGACCUCCGCUCUUUGUCGGAGGCGCUCGGCCGGUUCUCCCCCGAACAUUAAUCCUAAUUACUUCCCCGCAAUUAUCCUGGCUCGGAUUUUUCUGGAAACGUUCUCGCGGACUGAGGCGUCUUUUGUGGCGAAACAAAAGCCGGCCCGCCUCACAAUUGUCGCCUUCGUCGAUUUGAGAUCACCUGCCCAGUGCGGUAUGUCGUCCAUCCGGGGCCGGCCGCGGCUCUGACGGGACUUCCAGGCCGGGCCUUUGUUCCCGCUUCCGUCUCCAUUCUGAUCCUGGUCCGGCUGCCGGGGAGGAGCCAUGCCGGAGUGUGUGUCCGUGUCCGAGUUCGUGGACGAGGUUCUGGAGGACUGGAGCUCGCCCACCACCUCCUCCUUCACGUCCAAGAUGGGAGGAUGCAGGAACACCGUCUCCCUGCUGGAGGAGGCUCUGGACAGCGACCGCUUUUUGUUGCAGAAGAUGAAAAAAGCAGCUAAAGCCAAAUACACAUCAGGACAAGAACACGUGUCCCACCUGGAGCAGUACAUCCUGUCCAUGGAGAAGCUGUCAAUCAACUGUCACUCCAACGGCGAGUCCGAGGUUGGCUCCGCCUUCUGCCGCCUGGCCGACUUCUCCAAGGAGCUGGUCUCGCCUCUGAAGAACCUGUUGAAGAGCAUGCUGCACAACAUCAACUUCUUCCUGGACUCUCUGGUCAAAGGCGACCUGCGGGAGGUCAAAGGGGACCUGAAGAAGCCUUUCGACAGAGCCUGGCGAGACUACGACAGCAGAUUCAAGCAGGUGGAGAAGGAGAAGCGUGAGCUGGCUCGUCAGUACGGCAUGGUGAGGAGCGAGGUGAGCGGCGGUGAGAUCGCCGAGGAUCUGGAGAAAGAGAGACGCUGCUUUCAACUCAACAUGUGUGAGUAUCUGAUCAAAGUCAACGAGAUCAAGACCAAGAGAGGAGUGGACCUUCUGCAGAACCUCAUCAAACACUUCCACAGUUACAACAAUUUCCUGCAGGAGUGCGUUUCCACCACUCACAGGCUGAAGCAGUACAUGGACGAGCUGAACGGCGUGCUGACCUCGGUGAAGCAGCGUCAGGACGAGGAAAAACGUAAACUGGUGUCACUCAGAGAUCAGUUGCGGCCUGUUGUAAACACUGAUCAGGAUUGUGUAGCAAAGCAAGUGUACAACAUGCAUCAGCUGCUGGGAGAUAGACAGGAUGGAACAGAGAAGAGUGGCUUUCUGUACAAGAAGAGUGAUGGCUUGAGGAAAAUGUGGCAGAAGAGGAAAUGUUCAGUUGAAAACUGUUACCUGACCAUCGCACACGCUACGCCAAACAAACCUCCCACCAGACUCAACCUGCUCACCUGUCAGGUCAAACCCAGCAUGGAGGACAAGAAAUGCUUUGACCUCAUCUCUAAUAAUCGCACCUACCACUUCCUGGCGGAGGACGAAGUCCAGUGUGUGGCCUGGAUCUCGGUGCUCAGCAACAGCAAACAGGAAGCCCUGACGGUGGCGCUGGACGGGGGCAAGAAGGAAGGUCCAGAGAGCAGCAUGGAGGAUCUGACCCGCUCCAUCACUGAAGACAUCCGACGCAUGCCUGGCAACAGCAGCUGCUGCGACUGUGGGGCGCCAGACCCUGGAUGGGUGUCGACUAACUUGGGCAUCUUGACCUGCAUCGAGUGUUCGGGGGUCCACAGAGAGAUGGGCGUCCACGUCUCCAGGAUUCAGUCUCUCAGUCUGGACAGUCUGGGCACCUCCGACCUGCUGUUGGCCAGAAAUGUUGGGAACUCCGGUUUCAACGAAAUACUGGAGGCAAACCUGCUGAGUCCAUCAAUGAAGCCCUCGCAAAACAGCCACAUGACGGAGCGUAAGGACUUCAUCCUGUCCAAGUACCAGGAAGUUCACUUUGUGAGGCGGAGUCACAGCUCCUCCACUGCACUGAACAUCCUGCAGGAGGCGACCAAGACCUGUGACAUCUACCGCCUGAUCCAAGUCUACGCCCAGCGCACCGAGCUCAGCCACCCCCUGCUGUCUCACAUACAAGAGAAGGGGGAGGCGGCCCUCCACCUGGCCGUCCUAUUGGCUGACAGGACCUCUCUGCACAUCCUGGACUUCCUGGCCCAGAACUGCUCCAAUGUGGACGUGCAGACGGUGGCAGGAAACACAGCUCUGCACUACAGUUGUCUGCACAACAAGAGUGACUGUGUCAAGCUGCUGCUGAGGGCCAGAGCCAACACACACAUCAAGAAUGAGUUAGGUGAGACAGCGCUGGAUGUGAGUCGCAGGUUGAAGCAUCACCACUGUGAGGCGCUGCUGCAGCAGGCCCAGUCCAACCAGUUGGACCAUCACGUCCACGUGGAGUAUGAGUGGAGGCUCCGACACGACGACGUCUACGACAGCGACGAGGACUUCGAAGACAAGAACGGUCCCGUGAAGAAGGAGCGUUCCUCGUCCUCCUUCUCCUUCCCUUCACGCCACUUCCUCUCGGGGCUCUCGUCCUCCGCCGCCGUCCCAUCAUGCACUGCGGCACCAGCAGGCUCCACCCCGGCGGAGAGAGGCGGCAGCGGCCUGCUGAGCGUUGGACGCCGGCUGGCCAUGGCCAUGGAGCACCACGCCCGGCCCCCGCCCACGGCAGCCAGCCCCCCUCCGCCGCCGCCCUCCUCCCCCGCGCCCCCCCUCCCCCCGAGGGUCAAAGCUCCCACCGUUCCCCCGCCUCCUCCGCCGGGUCAGAGGGCGGGGCCCAGCGAGGAGGAGGAGGAGUCAGAGGAGGAGGUGUUCCUCCCCCUGACAGGAAACAGGAAGACCACCCCGGCGGCAGCGCGCCACCAGAGGAGCUCCUCCGAGUCCGGCAAGCACGAUUAUGGGAUGGCAGCCUGUGCCAGGGUCUACGGCGGUCCAGGUCCCUGCGUUGCAUCUUCUCUACUGGGCUCGCUGGCAGAGUGGGCAGACACAGACCCUUGCUGUCCUGGGAGGUCCAAACAAGCUUUCCGGCGGGCGGAGAGCGACACAAGCCCCUCCCCUUUUGCACACGGCCCCAGGAGGACCUCCAAUGACAGGUCUCCAAGCAGUCAGCGCUCGCAGAGUUUUGAGAGCGCCAGCAGAGGCUCCGCCCCCCAGCCCCUCCCCCGCAGGUCCUUGCCUCGGCGGGCGGAGUCCGCUCCCCGGGUCCGGGCUCUCUACGACUGCCAGGCAGACCACCACGACGAGCUGAGCUUCGGCGAGGGCCAAGUCCUGGUGGUGGUGGGCCAGGAGGACCCGGACUGGUGGCACGGCUACACCGAGGAGGACCCGCGCCGGAGAGGCCUGUUCCCGUCUUCCUUCGUGACGCCGCUCUGAUCCUGCAGGACCCAGCCGGACCCUGACCACGGCCUUCUCAGGAGAACCAAAGUCCGGCAGCCAGGUUGUCAUGGCAACGACUGCAAGGCCUCCAUCGCCAUGGGAACCUUCGGGGCGAGUGACCUUCCAUGAGGACGCUCAAAGACGGCCGCGUCCGAGAUUCACCUCUUCAAAAUAAAGCAGUGCAAAUGUAGGUUUUAUUUUGAAGUUGACCUCAACAACUCUUUUUCUUUGGCUUUAUUGUGAAAAAUUGUGCAUUGGUGCUAAUUGUCAAAGUCCUCCAGGACCUCGGUCCACGCCGAUGGAGGCGGAGCCUAACGGGGCGUGGUUGACUACUCCCGGUUUACACGGCACACCACAUGACCGAGUUUUUGUUGCUGGUCUAAAUGCUCCAAAGUCCUCAAAUCUGAUCCUAGGGCAUCAGAUUCAGAACCACGUCAGGAAGUAGUCCUGAAUCUGAUCUUUUCAAAUCUGACUUGAGUGUAAACCCAACAUGACCUGAAUGUGACUUUUUUGUCAUCUGUGGUUGACUUACAGCAUUAAAGAUGUGCAGACAUUCA